GGAACUAACAUGUCGGUGCCUGCGCUUCAAAUAGUGAUGUUUUCAUGUUGAAUUUCGAAACGCUGUUAGCCGGUGCGUGCCGUGUCGACACUCGUAUGCUAUGCUUUAAUUUUCAAGAUAUCACCAUGAACGAAUAAAACAGUUCAGAGUUCUUAACUGGAAUGAAGAAAAACACAGUCCCCAAUGAGCAUUAAAACAGAAAAAAAGAUGGAAAGCAAGCCAUCUUUGAAGAGAUCAGCAUCAGAUUUGAAUGACAUUGAUACAGAUGUGAAUGUCACGCCCACCAAACAACUUAAAGUAGAUGUAGAUGUCAAUAAUAGUUCAGUGGAUGAUGGAAAUGAUAGACCAGUAUCAACCACAGGAGUGGAUAACAAAUGGAACUACAGCAACUGUUGAAAAUGGAGGAAAGUCAGACAGCACACAAGAUGACAAGCCAGCUAUGGUCAAAAUUGCAUCAGUUCAACGUGAUGCCGAUGUCAUUGCAUCUGUGGUGCCCAAUGUUGAUGUGUCAGCAGUUUAUGACAAACUUGCAUCACAAAGAAGAAACCCAAACCGAAUGGACAUUGUAACAACAGAAUUACUUGACAAUCCACCAGGUGAAGACUUAAAGGCAGGUGAAGCCCCUGGAAAUAAGGGAGAAACUGCUUCAAAAUCAGAAGCCCCUGGAAAUAAGGGAGAAACUGCUACAAAAUCAACUCUGUAUGAGGAUGUCAAGUGUGUGGUUCACAAAGUCAAACUAGUUGCUGCAUCUAUGAAAUUAAAUGCUGCUGAAAUUUAUGCUCUCUUGGAGAGGCAUGCCGGUGCCCCUGACCGGACAGAUAUUGUUGCUAAUCUGUUUCUCCAGGAUUUGAAGGAUACCAUUGGAGCUUCCAAUGAAGUGGAUCUAUUUGAUGAGGUGCAGAAGGUGAUCUCAAAGGUCCCAGCAGCGAAUCCUGAUCAGGUUUACGCUUUGCUGGAGUCUUUUAGUAGCCAUGGGGACAGAGUUCAGAAAGUGAUUGACCAGUUGACAAAAGUUGUUGACAAGCCUUUGUUGAAAAAAGAUGAUUCCUUACCAAAUGAUCCACAGCUGAGAAAUGAUCCAGUUUUUUUGGACAUGAGAAAGGUAGCCAAGAUGUUUCCUGAUAUGGACAGGAAUGAAAUCUAUGCAUAUAUAGAAGCUCACCAUGAUAAAAAGGAUAGAGUCCAAGUUGUCAUAGAGGAAAUUCUGCGUUCAACCAAAGGCAGCCUCAGCGCAUCUUUGUCAGUUUCUAGUGAUGGAGGGGAGGUAACUCCAGGAAAAGUUUUCCCAGGUGCAUGUAGCCUACAAGGGGAAGUUGACCAACUGCGGGAAAUAUUCCCAGAUUGUGAUCCCAACUAUCUCUUUGAACAGCUGGAAGAAAAGGCAAAUGAUGCAGAGAGAGUGAAAAACUUGGCAGCACAAAUGUUUGAAAAACGAAACUAUCCCAAAAUGAAAGAUAUUUUGGAGAAGCAACAAAAGAUUGCUAAACAAAGACAGAUUAAGAAUUUAAAGUUUGACAUGGAAAACUUCUUAUCCAAAUUUCCAGACCCAGUGGAAUUUUUCUCAAAGACAGAUACAGUUAUGAGUGACAGUUAUAAACAACACUGCCUUGCCUAUGUCAAAAAUGAGUUUGAAAUGUUCAAAGCUGGUUAUUUGAAGAAGGUGCUUGAUAAAUAUAAUUAUCAUUUAGCACCAGCCCUCAGGGAAUUUAAAGGAUUGAAAGCAGAUUUAGAAGAAGAACAUUUCAACACAAAGAAACUGAGACAAGAACCUCGAACAGAGCGUUUAUCUUUCCCAGAUGAACCAGAUGAGAGAUUUUACCAUGAACUACUUUACUCACAAAAUGAACAGAGAAUAAAAGAUCAUUUCCUGUUUAUAGAGCUGGAAAGGAAAAGGAAACUUCAAGCUGCAAGAAGAAAUGGUGAACUGUAUGAAUGUGGAUGUUGUUUUGAUGAUGAACUUCUAUUUGAGGACUUGUCAGCCUGUGCAGAUGGCCAUCUCUUCUGCCGAGAAUGUAUCCGCCGAUCUACAGAGUCUGCACUUGGUGAAGCAAAGACUAAGUUUCCCUGCUUGACAGGGGAAUGUGAAUUUGAUAUUCCACUGACUGUCUUGCAGGAAGUCCUUACAUCAGCAAUGUUCUCCAGAAUGUUGUCUCGGUUACAAGAAGAAGAGAUUCGAUUGGCUGAAAUUCCUGAUCUGGUUUCGUGCUCAUUCUGUAAUUUUGCCACCAUUAUGUCUGAUCCCAGUGAUAAAGUAUUCAGGUGCCUCAACCCAGAAUGCCUCAAGGAGACAUGUCGGCUAUGCAAGGAACCCAAUCAUGUGCCAUUGAAGUGCGAGGAGGUGGAGAAACAAGGGGAGACAAGCAUGAGAACCUACAUUGAGAACCGCAUCUCAGAGGCCAUGUUGAGAACCUGCCAUCGCUGCAAGAAGAGAUUCUUCAAGGAUUACGGUUGCAACAAGAUGACAUGUUCCUGUGGCGCCACAAGUUGCUACGUGUGCCGAGAACCAGACAUUGACUAUGAUCACUUUAAUGGUGGCAGGUGCAGCAACACUGAGGAUGCUCAAAGGAUUCAUGCAGAGGAGAUGGAGAAGGCCGCUGAGGAGGCAAAGGCACAAUAUCUGAAGGAUCAUCCUGAUGCAGACAUCAACUCACUCAAGUACGACCCCAGGAAACAUGUUCAAGAAUAUAAAAUGGGUGCCGGUUACCAUGGAGAUGGUGGUUAUGAUGAAUACAAUGAGGAUCGGUCUGAUGAUGAUGACAGUGACUACUAGGAUCUUCUGGACCUCAUGACAACCUACAGAUGUCAGAACUGCCAGGAUUCCUAAAUGGAUUUGAUGACACUGGAUGACAUGUUGAUGUAACCCAACGACAUGUAACAUUGCUAUUAGCAUCAGUCCCUGGAUUGUCUUGUCCUGACUGGACUAUUUAUAGGCCCCCAUUAUGUAGCUUGAAUACCGCAGGUGUGUCUCAGUAAACAACACACAAACCAGCCUCGAUAAUCUCCAGGGUACACGCUACGAUCACUGUCCACUAUACCCUGGAUGCAUCCACGGCUUGGCCUGAUAAUUAUAUUA